AUGGGUGCGAAACAACUGUAUAUCCCGCCCCUGAUCGGGUGGUUGUAUGACCUCGUUUUAUGGUCAUUCUCGGUGCUUGUCGACCUCUUCUUCCGAGAGGUCCAUCCCCGUGGCUCAUGGAAGAUCCCUCGAAGGGGCCCGCUGAUCUUGGUCGCAGCGCCUCAUGCAAACCAGUUCGUCGAUUCAUUGAUCCUCAUGCGUGUUAUGCGCAACGAAGCUCAUCGUCGUAUUUCGUGGCUUAUCGCGGACAAAUCGUUCAAGCGCAAGUUCAUCGGGACACUGGCGAAGGCUAUCGGCACUGUUCCGGUGGCCCGCGCAAUGGAUAAUCUGAAGCCCGGGGUAGGAACGAUCUACUUGCCCGAUCCUAUCAACCAGCCGACCCUCCUCCGUGGCGUUGGGACAAACUUUGAAGGACCCGGAUUCGAAAAGGAAGGCACAAUCUCACUCCCGACGAUCAAUGGCACCGCACAUAGUACUACCAUCGCCGAGAUACGCGGUCCCGAAGAAUUGAUUCUGAAGAAACCAUUCAAAGCCAAGGACGCGCUCGUCCAACUGACAGGACGGGAUGAUAUCAGUGAUGAUGGGAAAUUUACCGGAGAUGGAUCCGCCAAAGACCCCAACUUCAAGGGCUCCAAGUUUAAGGUUUCUCCACAUGUGGAUCAGACAGCGGUUUAUCAAGCGGUAUUCGGCAGACUUAAUGCAGGCGGCUGUGUUGGUAUCUUCCCCGAAGGUGGUAGCCAUGAUCGCCCCGAUUUGCUUCCAUUGAAAGCUGGUGUGGCCUUGAUGGCCCUGGGAACACUUGCAGACAACCCGGGCUGUGGCUUGAAGAUUGUGCCAUGUGGCAUGAACUAUUUCCACGCGCAUAAAUUCCGUUCAAGGGCUGUGAUUGAGUUUGGAAACCCCAUUGAAGUACCACGAGAGGUCGUUGAUCAGUUCCGGCGAGGAGAAAGAAGAGAAGCCGUUGGCGCAUUGCUCGACACUAUUUACCAGGGUCUUGUAUCUGUGACUGUGACGAGCCCGGAUUUCGAUACUUUGAUGGUCAUUCAAGCAGCUCGUCGUCUCUACAACACCAAAGGAAAGAAGCUUCCACUUCCCAUGGUGGUUGAGCUCAACCGCCGACUUGUCCAAGGAUAUACGCAUUUCAAGGAUGAUCCCCGUGUGGUACAACUCAGAAAAUCUGUCGCCAAUUACAACCAGCAGAUACGUAUCCUGGGCAUCCGUGAUCACCAGGUUGAGUAUGCGAAGUUCUCAUGGUUCCAGGUCAUCUGUACAUUGAUCUACCGUCUGGGCAAGCUGGCUCUCCUGACUAUUGGAACUCUGCCUGGGUUGCUUCUAUUUGCACCUGUUUUCAUCGCGACUAAAUCUAUUUCGAACAAGAAGUCGAGAGAGGCACUGGCUGCUUCUACCGUCAAACUUCAAGGACGUGAUGUCAUGGCAACCUGGAAGCUGCUCGUUGCCCUUGCGUUCGCCCCCGCAGUAUAUGCAUCCUACACGGCUGCCUUCACUUACCUCGCAUACCGCAAUCGCAUUUAUGGAUUUGUGCCCGACUGGAUGCCUUUAUGGAUGAUUAUCCCCAUUGGGAUGAUCUUGUUCCCGACUAUCACCUUUGCAGCACUUCGAAUCGGCGAAGUCGGCAUGGACAUUGUGAAAUCUCUGCGACCACUUGUGCUGUCUCUCAAUCCCUCAUCAGCCAACAGUUUGUUGAAACUGCGUGAGAGACGUGCUGCACUCGCCCAACAGGUCACGGAGGUGAUCAACACCCUGGGACCCGAAUUGUUUCCAGACUUCGACGCUGCGCGGAUUGUUACGGAUCCUUUCCGUGACAGCCGCCGAACUUCCGAGAAGGCAGACGCCAGCCAUGGAUCCAUUCCUGAAAUCAGGAGAACAGGUGCAGCAGAGCUGGAGCACGGCUCCCCAUCUCAAGAACCCCUUCCCCGCAACGAGUCGUUCCACAACCUUGCCAACAUUGGCUUUUUCUCUACACGGCCUUCUAGCCGCACCCGAAGCCGCAGUAGUUCGUCUGGUGGUCGCCCCGGCUCCUCGGGGCACCAGCUGAAGCCUUUGAGCCCGGUGACAUCGAAAGAUGGGCUCGAGGAAGUCAGUUCGAAGAUUCGUGACGCGAUGCGGGAACGGGGUGAGCGGAGACGCCGGAGAAGCGAGGAUGGCAGCUGGGACAUGGCCAGCUCUGGUUCUGGCACGCCUUCAAGCGAAGAAAACCCAAAGGACCUUUGA